AUGACCCUCCCAUCUACCAGGAUUCAUUCUCCAUAUCCGACUGACGAUCCGCUAACAGUGGAGAAGGUGGCUAACUGGAUGAAUGAAAAGAAAGUACUCAGUCUGAUGCUGCGCGAGAAUUUGCAUCAACCGCAAUAUGUGGAAAAAGUGGAACGAGUAAUCCGUUUCAUGAUCAAGCACAACUAUCUGACCAAAUCCGAUCUGGAUCGCAUCUGGGACGCACAAGAUGGAAAGCAUGAAGCGAUCGUGAAAAACGUGUUCGAUAUGCUGGCCAAACUGGCUUUGGAAUUCACUCCGGAACAGCUGGAUCAUUUGUUUGUCUGUUUUCAACGAAGCUGGGCGCACGCAACUAAACGCCAAUGCGAACACCUGAUCGAUCUGAUCUGUCGAUUGGCUGAAGAAGAUCGAGAUGGUUUGAUGGCUCAGAAAGUGUUGGACCUUCUAUGGGAUUUGGCGGUUGAUACUGAAUCUUCCGUUGAGAUUAGCGAUUUUGCACUGAAAGCUCACGCAAAAAUCCUGGAUCAUAAUACGUCGGACGUUUUUCUCAUUACUGAUAAAAUCCCGUGGGUUCUUUCUUGCUUGGAAUAG